AAUAACUACUUUUCUCACAGUACUCGGACUUGAAACAGCUCCAGCUUCCAACUCUCGAUCACGAAUACUAAGAGAAGAUCGAAGAUAUCAGGUACCCAGUUGGCCAAAGAACUAGAGAUGAACAGGGGAGGAGGAGGAGGAGGAGGAGGAGGAGGAGGAGGAGGGGGAAGGAGCCAUGGUAAUUACACGAACCCGUGUUUGACCAUGCACCAGCCGUGGGCUUCCCUUUUAGUUUAUGGGAUCAAGCGCAUUGAAGGCAGGUCCUGGCCUGCUCCUAUUCGAGGCCGCCUUUGGAUUCAUGCUGCAAGUAAAGUUCCAGAGGAAGAGACAAUCAAAGCAAUGGAGGAUUUCUAUCGGGAGAUCUAUGCAUUGAAUGGCAUUACUGAUAUUAAGUUUCCAGAACAUUAUCCAGUGUCAAGACUUUUAGGGUGUGUUGAAGUGGUUGGCUGUGUUAAAUGUGAAGAGCUAGCAAGCUGGGAGGCGAUACCUGUAGGGGCAAGGUUAGAAGGUCAAACAGAUUUUUGCUGGCUUUGUGAGCAUCCACAGAAAUUGCUAGUUCCAUUUGAGAUGCGUGGCUAUCAACGCGUUUAUAACUUGGAAAAGAAGAUCUAUGAAGCUGCAGUUAGAGGUCUUAUCCCAGUUAAAGGUCCAAUGCCUGUAAAAUUCCCACUUCCAAAUCCUCGUGAUCCUUUUUCCUUAAGACCAGGGUCUGUUGCCAUGCUUCCUGAGAAAGCAUCUGAAGUGGAGAAAUCAUCAACUCUCACUGCAGUCAUUGCUGGUGCUCGUGCAGCUGCUACUCAGUUCAGCAAGAAGGAUCAAUAUUUCUUAACAAAUACAGUCCAUAAUAGCAAUUCUAAUUCUACAAGAAGUGAUCAAGCGAAAGACAAACUUUUGGAACAGCAUAAUGUGCCACAGAACAACUUUUAUGAAGGUUCUAAUGAUGAAUCUUCAGUGUCAAAUGAGAUGGAGCAAAGCAAUGGUAUCAAGGAUGUGGAAAGCAGCAGCCAUAGUCGAACUCGUGCAGAUGCAAAACAGCUCAGAGCUCCUGCUAAGAUUUUUGCUGCAGCAGUUAAAGGGUUGAAGCCAUCCUGAUUAUAUGUUGGCUUCUGUUGGGAAUGAGUUUUGUAUAUUAAAUCUCCUACACAAAUGAAGUGGUAUCCAGAGUGGUUAAACUUCUAUCAGUUGAAGAUGAAACAUUAGCUGGUUACUUCUACUUCGUUUUAUUUUAUUCUUUAGCACAUGUACACUAGUAGUUUAGGUGUUUGAUGUGUGUUCCAUAACCAGGGUUUCUAAUCAAUUUAUUGUUUCAAUAGAACAGUGUAGUUUAAAGAAAACUGGGUUACAUUGUAUUUUUAGAAUUGUGGCAAGGUGUACUCAAAGGACAGAUUUUAACAAAAAGUUUGCAAAGGUGUCAACUUUUACAUUGUUGAAAUGGCCUGGAAUGAUGUAUGUCGAUUCAGAUCGAAUCAAAUUACAGGAACCCAUCGGCUGCCGGGUUUUGAAA